UUCACAUAUGAGGCAUUAGAACUCGUAAAUUCCGUCCUUCAUUAUGCAAAUCCCAAAGCUAUCCUUGCCCGUGGAGGUGGCACCUGGAGUGGACGCUGCUUUAUCCAGUGGGGCGAUGAAGCACCAUAUUGAUAGCACAGAAGUUGAUGGAACAAAGUCACCACAACCGGAGCUGCAGGAGCAGGACGAAUUGCAGAACGCAGUAAUUCAGCAAACAAAUCUUCCUGGGUCAUCAAAAAGCAACAUUGCAGGAGAUAAACAUCAACAGCAGGAGGAGCCAGCAAGUGGAGUCACUGCGGUAGCUGCGUCGUCGUUACAACACCCUGUGAAACAAGAACCGACAGCGUCGAUGGGCAUCAGUCUAGUAGCAGCAACGACCACAACGACCCGGGCGAAGCUCAUCACGCUUGCCCACCGGUUGGACCCGAGUAACCGGUGGACACCCCGGGGUAGAGCUCCUGAUGUCGUGCCCGGGAAGAUUGCUUUUCCCGACAAGAUGACGCAGCAACCUACGCGCCAAGAAGCAGAAGGCGCCCGAGUUCUACUUGUUCCGGACAGUACGGUUGUAUCUGCUUCGACAUCUUCGCACCGAGGUCUUGAUAAUGCAACUCCUACAUCUUCAGCAUCAGCAACUGCUACUGCAGCAGCGAACAAAACAAGUUCGUCUCGCGACCACUUGUCCUCCGAUCUGCAACUACUCCAGCUUUACAACGCGUCGUCCGCCACCUCUAAUCCCCGCAGCCCGCGUUUUCUGAUGAAGAAGCAUCGCGAAAACGCGGACGGGUCCGCAACGCCAAAAAUCACUGCGGUGACGCCCCGGAUCAUGCGCGAAAAGUUGCUUGC